AUGACAAAUGACCAAGUGAUUGGUUUGAAAGCUCGUGAGCUUCUUGCUUUCCUGCUUGGUAUUCGAUCAUCUCAAGGCCAGAAUGUGUCUGCCAACGAGACUGCAUCAGCCACUGGAAUGAGUGAUGGGCAAAAGAAACAAGAGCCAAUGGUACUGUUGGGCCAUGAUAUCGGCGGUCUGCUUAUCAAGGCUGCUUUGAUUAGUGCUCAACAUCACUAUGAAUACCGAACUUUGGCAAAGAACCUUUUGAUUGUGUUCUUCAAUACUCCUCAUCGAAUCCAUAGUCGGAGCAUCUGGGAAAAAUUCCAGUUCCAGGUGAUCGGGACAGGAGACUGGAGUGAACAGAAAUCUAGGAUGAUGCAGUGUUUCUACAUGGCAUCCCAACGACUAGAAUAUGAAUUUGCCACGGUAUUUUUCAGAACCGCUAUCGUCAACGUAUAUGAGAGCGGCAAUAUGUAUGACGAAAUUAUGGAAACGGGGUUAGCAAAGGAGACUCAAAUCUCAUUCCCUCUCGAAUCGACGGGUCUACGCACAUUUGAGCAAAUUGUUAUUUAUCCUUGUUCUGGCUUGUGGUCGCACGUCGAUGCAUGUACAUUAAGUAACCCUCUUCUUCAAGUUCACCAAAAUGAGAGAUUCCUUGAUAAGCUCUGCACAGACAGUAUGCCGAAUUUUCUGAGCUUCGCACCACGAUAUCCUAGCCAUGGAUCAUUUAGGGCCUACCUGGAAAAUUCUUCAGAUUUCCAGAACUGGGUAAAUUCCAAUGAAUGCGCCUACCUCUUUCUUCAUGGGCCCCCGGGAUACGGGUCUACAGAAUCAGCCGUCGAAGUCUUGACUUAUAUCAGUGAAAGAAGCCUGGAAAAGUUACCAGUUGUGCUUAAUUUCUUCUUCGAUGGGAAAGAUGCCCGCUGCUCUACCAAUGACAGCCUUGUUCGCUCUUUAUUGAUCCAACUUCUUAUCAAUUCACCAAUUGCCAUGAGGGUGAUUCAAGGAGAGUUUGAUUUGAGCGACGACAUCAGCUCCCUUGGGACAAAAUUCCUCUGGAAUAUUCUGGCUGUUCUUCUAUCUCAUUCAAACAUGGAUCCAAUUGUCUGUGUUAUUGCGGAAGAGAAUGGGGGCGCCGAAUGGACUUACAGCCUGUCUCAUAUAAAUAAGGUAAUCAAGUCGUGCGAAUCUUCUCGCAGCGCUUGCAAGUUUUUUAUAACGACUUCAAGUGAUUCGGUAACGGAUCUUGGAAAAGAAGCUGUGAAUAUUUCACUAGAAAACGAGGCUAUACAAAAAGGUGUCAGAGAUUUUUACACUGGUCAAAUCAGUAAAAUCAUGAAAACGCGUCCCGUUCUCCAACAAGCGCUUCUAUCCGCAAACACUGCGAAUUCUUUUGGUGUUCAUAUAUCGGAUGUUUCGAUCAAACUAUCCGCGUUAGGAUCACUCAAAACCGGGCAUACCAAGAAGGAAGCGCGAUAUUGGUUCGAAAAUGUAAAGCUUCCUCAUCUGGAAUUUUUGGACAUUCUUAUGGCUUCACUGACUCCGCAAAGCCUUUCUAUCCUCGGAUGGAUGGCCGUCGCGAGUAGGCCACUCUCGGUCACUGAAAUCUCGGUUGCCGUUUCAUUGCUGGACGAUGAUCAAUCACUUGCCGAUAUUGAAGACUGCCAGUCUUGGUCUAUAUACACAGAGAUACAGGAGAAUUUGGACCAACUUGUCUGUAUAGUGGACCAAGAAGUGCGCUUUUGUCACCAGACAUUGCAUGAUUACUUGAUCGGGUCAGAAAAGUACCGAUUGACUAAUGAUCAGAUAGCGCAAAGGCUUCUAAACUAUCUUAUCCUUGUGGCAGACCAGCUACAGAAUUUGUCUGCAAAUGCAAUCAGAGACAACAAAUUGAGUGCUCUUCCAAAUGCUCUUGGCCUGGUUGAGUAUGCGGCGUUAUACUGGCCAAGCCAUUACCACGCAUCGUCACGUUCCGAUAGUCUCAUACAACUGGUAGACAGCGUGUUAAAGAACGAGAGACUUCAUCGCGUCCUUUCAGGCACCAUUCUACCUCUCUUCAAGAAACCUGUACCAACCAAUCUCGAAAUGGAACAAGGUGUGGUCCUGGCUAGCUACUUCGGCAUAGCUGAGAUUAUUGAGCAUUGCUUAAAGAGCAGUCAUGAUGUCCCCAGAGAUAACAACAUAUUAGUCACUGCUUUGGUCUCUGCCGCGAGAGAAGGUCAUCAGAAUGUGGUCAAGACAUUGUUGGAUCAAGGCAUCAAUUCGAACGAAGCAAUUCUAGCAUGUUGCGAAGAAGGUCAUUGCGAUAUCCUUCGAGAUAUCCUCAGCCGCAUCGAUGAGAAUGAGGAAAUCAUGGAUACUUUGAAUGAUUCCCUCCUCCAAGCUUCAAAGAGGGGGCAUUUGAAUGUCGUUCAGGAGUUGCUUAACCGCAAUAUAUCACUGAACAAAAAAGAUUCAAUUACAGGCUCCAAUGCUAUCCAAAUGGCUGCUCAGUUUGGUCACUCAGAUAUAGUUGACCUGCUCAUCAAGUCCAAAGGUAAUAAUGCAGCAAAUUUGACCGCUUAUAACCAGGACUAUUACAAUCCAUUGCAACUAGCUGCUGCGGGUGGAUACAUACACAUUGUUCGGGCGUUAAUUUCUACUGGGCAAGUAAGCCUGACGGACUUUCAUCAGCAGAAGAAUCUCCCCCCGAUCUACCUCGCGACCAAGUAUGGCCAUUUUGAUGUUGUCAAGGCUCUUGUCAACUCAGACUUCAAUAUUCAUUUGCCAAUGGACAACAGACGCACAGUCUUACACGUUGCAGCAGAACGUGGCUGGGAGAAGCUUAUAGCCUGGUUCUUGGGUUACAUCAGACAAUCGGAACAAGAUGACAAAACCAAUGACGCCACAUAUGGCGAUGAAGAAAACGACUCAAUUAGUAUAACUGGUGAUGAUGUAAAAGCGGCAGAAAGAACCCAAUUGCUUCUUAGGGCAAAGGACAAUGACAGCUACACAGCCCUUCAUCUUGCAGCAAAAUUUGGACAUCUCGACGUCGUCGAACUCAUAACUGAUGCGGGAAAUGCAUCGGCAGUUGUCAACGCCACUGGUCCCAAAGCCUAUCGGCCGCUCCAUUUUGCUUCCGAGUCCGGAUAUGGAGAUAUUGUUCGUCACCUCGUCAAGAACCAAGCAAGCAUUGGAAAUGCCACAGACGAAAGUAAUACUGCGCUUCAUCUUGCAGCACAUGAGGGCCGUACCCACGCCGCCAGGGUUCUCCUUCAGUAUAUUCUACGAGCUGCCAAUGUUUCAGAACUACUAUGGGGGGAGAAUGCAAGUCGUCUUACGGCUUUGUCCCUUGCCGCCCAGCAUGGGUACCUACAUAUAGUUCGGGAUAUUGUUUCGACUUGGACUUCCCAGAAAUGGUCAACCACUCCUGCCAGGCAGAAAGACCCAAACGUUCUUUUUGAAGCAGUAAGAGAAGGACACUAUCGUGUCGUGAAUUACUUAUUGGAAAACGGCUGGCAUCCAAACCAAGUAAACUCAGCGGGGGCUACGCCACUACAAGUGGCAAUCGAAUCAAAUGACAAUUCAAAGGUCGUUGCGGCACUCAUAGAGGGAGGAGCAAGUACCGAGUUCCCCGGCGGUUCGAGGAAGACUCCUCUAUAUAUGGCCGUCGAGAAAGGCAGAUUUCAAAGCGUCCAGGCGAUUCUGGCAACGGGCAAGAAUGAAUUAAGUGUUUUAUGCGGUGAUUCGCAAUGGUCUGCACUGCAUGAGGCAAACGACAAACCAGACCUGAUGAAGCUACUCCUAGAAAGCCAUGCUGACCCAAAUGUGUUGAAUGGUUUCGGAUCAACCGCCCUCACUCUUGCAAGCGAGAUAGGCAAUCUAAAAUCGGUCGAGUUGCUUCUCAACUACGGGGCAAAACCUGACAUUGCGAGUAAGAACGGCUCUACUGCCUUACAUCGGGCCGCCAUGGGUGGACAUUUGGACAUUGUUAAAAUCCUUGUGCAAAAAGGUGUCGAUAUCAACCAUGCUCAAGCGGGCGGACCAACACCCCUCUACUGGGCUUGUUGCUCAGAGGAAAGCACCAAAUAUCUUUUAGAACACGGAGCGGACCCCAACAACACUGGGGGAUACUACCAUUCAUGCAUUCAAUUCGCAGCAGUCAAGGGAUGCCCAAACGUUAUGAAACUUCUUAUUGACAAGAUGGCUGAUGCAAAUGCCAUUGGUGGAAGACACGGCUCGCCAUUGAACGCCGCGGUUGCAGGUCAUAACAUUCCCAAUGUGAAGUUGCUCCUAGAAAAUGGUGCAGAUCCAAACAAGUUGGAUCACCUAGGCUUGUCUGCCUUCCAUCGCAUGAGUACUUCGCUUUUAGGAGGAAAUCAAGAUGAUAUAGGAGAAUAUCUUGACCUGUUCCAGGACCAUGAGGGAUCGAUUGAGGUGAAGAAUGGAGAAGGGUUGACUCCCUUAUUAUAUGCAGCAAGACAUUCAAAUGCUGAAGCAAUGAAAGCUCUUCAGAUAAGGGGCGCUGAUCUGUUUGCGGUCGAUAGGCGGCAGCGGAGUUGUCUGUAUUGGGCUACUUAUAGUGACGGUUUAGAAUGCCUUUGCAUCAUGCUGAACUGGCUUGAGGAUUGCGAGGCAGAAAGGAAAAUCGACAUGAUAGGCAAGGCAAUCCAUGGCGCCAUCAUCAACGAUCACGGCGCUGCUUUCGAAAAGCUUCAUCGUGCCGUUCUCGAAAACCCUAUCAGCAAAGACAUUGUCAAUACAACGGAUUGUAAUGGUUGGACACCACUGGCUACGGCAAUUGAGUAUGGACGACAUGACAUGGAAAAGGUCCUACGAAGCAUGGGGGCACACGAGACCCUAGAGUCACAACUAGAACCCACAGAGUGGAAUGAGCAUGAUAAAUCAGCAAGGCUAAGAGUGCAGAAGCUUGAGUGCUUUGCAGAAGGGCAUUUAUCGGCCGAGCAGAUGAAGAGCGAUAAUAUCAAGCCCCCGAUCUCUAUUGUGCGUGCAAAUCGAUGUGCGCCUAAGACUGAAAGAGGCAUUUAUUAUUUUGAAAUCCUCAUUGCCCAUACUGGGCUCGAUGAGUGCGUCGGUGUCGGUUUUGCCACAGACGAGACAGCAUCGGAAUACAAUGCUCUAGGAUGGAAACCAGGAUCCUGGGGCUUUCAUGGUGACGAUGGCCAUGUAUAUGAAUCUCACGGCCCAAGCCUUUGGAGGCCAUAUGCGGAACCUUAUUCAUCAGGAAGUACCAUCGGCUGCGGCGUGGACUUCAACAAGCGCUCGAUUUUCUUUACCGUCGAUGGUGAAUUCAAAGGAAAUCCCUCUGCUAAGAUAGUCGCAAAUUUCGGCCAUCAGGAGUUCAAAUACUUUGUAGCCCCUCCCCUUGAAUUAUGGGAGUAUGGAAUUCAAGAUAAUGUGGACUCUAACGACGAGGAUCCGGGCUACGAGAGCUCUGUGUUGAGCGAUGACUCUGACACUUUCGUUCGUUGCCUUCUCGAUCCCCAGCCGUCAUGCAGCCAAUCCACUGACCCUUUGCCGUUGCACUUCUCCGGACCUCAGUCUGAGGAUACAAUCACUAUCCUCCGGGCUGAUUACGAAAGCCUCGUCAGAACCGCUCAGAAUCACGCCGAACUCUGCCGCUGCCUUCUCAAUGCCCGGAUUGACGAUGCUAGAGUCGUCCAGGCUCUCAGCGCGUGCAUAAACUCGCAGUCAACCCAAUGCCCAAGCAUCACCCCAAAGAAGCAUGUGUACAACGCAAAUGCCUCGAGCUUCGAGCCCGCCUCCCCCGACUUCGAUACGCGCUCAUUCACGACAUCGACCAGCUCCUUGGUCGCCCACGCCGCCCAACACGGCAUCUACCCUUUUCCGCCACCUCAAUCUCUCCGAGGCAGUUGGUCCAGAAGCGACAUUGCCAGCAACGUGACGUACGACUCCUUCGAGACGUCCAGCGUAGGGUUGGACGAUAACUAUGACGACAAUGAGGAAGCCAGUGAUGUGUUUGAUCACACAUCCAUCAGCCUCAGCCUCCCCCAAGAACCAUCAUUUCGGUCAGUUCAACUGCUCAACAUCCCCGAGGAUGCAACGUACGCCGACAUCACCGCCGUAGUUCGAGGCGGCAUUCUGUUUGAGGUCUCCUUGAUGCGUCGUUCUUCAACUGCAGUCAUCACUUUUGCAGAGACGGCAGCCGCCGAGGCCUACUACACCCACGUACGCAACAACUACCUGUACAUCAAAAACAGAAAAGUGAGCAAACCUUCGCAAGACACCAAGCUUCCAUUCCUCUCUAACCUAAAUCCCCAGAUCGAUAUCCGCUGGUCAGAUCGCUUCCAAGUUCUCCACGACCACUUCGCCAAGCGCAUUGCAAACGGCGCAACCCGCAACCUCAUCAUGCGCAACAGCAACGGCGGCCAUUCAGAGGCCUCCAUCCGCCACGAUCUCGACCACAUCCACGGUCUCGAAAUCGUUUCCAUCACCUUCUACAAGGGCACGUGCCACAUCAGCACCAAUUCCGUCCCAAGCGCCAUGUACGCGCGAACCUGCAUGAUGAGCCGCCUCAAGUACAAGAGCUCCCGCCUCGAGUGGGAUGCUGACGAGUGUGGCCAGCCGUUGGGCCAAGUGCCCCUUAUACCUCGUCUAAAGCCACCGUCUCGCGCCGUCCCAGUGCGUCGAUCCGUCUCUUCGGGUAACCGCUUCCAGAUCCUCGCCGAUGGAGAAUGA